GUCGUCGUCGCCGUCGUCGCCGUCGUCGCCGUCGUCGCCGUCGUCGCCGUCGUCGCCGUCGUCGCCGUCGUCGCCGUCGUCGUCGUCGUCGCCGCUGCCGCCGCCGACGCGCACGAACGGAGCAAAGUGGAAGACACUGGAAGGGCAAGGAAGAGAGGGAGCAAGACGGAUAAGAUAGACUGCGAGGGAACGGGAGCGACGGUCCGAGAGAGCGAGUGAAUGAGUGAGUGAGUGACCGUGUGCGCGCGUGCGUCGGCUUGUAUGUGUAGCGCACGGCCACGCGCGUGUGCCAAGCGAGAGAAGAAGGAGCGAAGCCCGUGCGCGCGACAAGAGGAGCGAUUAUAGAAGUAGCCUGCUGCCGUUUCUCUGCCUUGCCUCCUUGAGAAGAGGAACGCGCGAGAGCGUGCGAGCGAGCGCGUCGUGCUUUUUUUUUUCUCUCUCUCUUUGCUGCUUGUCGUCGCCGUCGCUGCCGCUGCGUUGCCGCCGCCGCCUGCCGCCACCGCCACCGCCGCCGCCACCGCCUAACCGCCGCCGCCACUGCCGCCGCCGUCGUUACCGCCGCCGCCGCCGUCGCCGUCGUCGUCGGGGCAAUGUCUCUCGAGACACGUUCGAGCUCGGCCCUGUUCAAGCGAGCCGAACAGCUCAAGCGCUGGGAACAGUCCGAGACUAAUCGCGAGCCCACGCAGCCGCGUCAGGUUGCGCGCAAAAUCAAGUUCUCCGCCGACAUCGUGUUCCUGGCGGCGUGCGCGGCCAGCGACAAGGAGGAGGUCGUGCGUCUGCUGCAGAAGGGGGCAGACAUAAACACUGGGAACGUCGAUGGCCUCACCGCGCUGCACCAGGCUUGCAUUGAUGAUGAUCUGGAUAUGGUGGAGUUUUUGGUGGAACAAGGAGCGGAUAUCAAUCGUGGAGAUAAUGAAGGUUGGACACCCUUACAUGCCACAGCAUCUUGCGGAUUUAUAUCUAUUGCCAAAUACUUAAUAGAACAAGGAUGUAAUCUGGCAGCAGUGAACAAUGAUGGUGAACUGGCGCUGGAUAUCGCAGAAAGCGACGAAAUGGAAGACAUGCUCCAACAGCAUAUAAAUAAAGCAGGCAUCGAUUGUGAUCAGGCCAGAAGCGAAGAAGAACGGUCAAUGCUAAAUGAUGCAAAAGCUUGGCGGUCAGGUGCAUCAGGCAAAGAUUCCAUGCAUCCAAGAUCAGGAGCCACUGCACUCCAUGUCGCCGCUGCCAAAGGCUACAUCAAAGUCAUGCACAUAUUACUACAAGCUCGAUGCAAUGUUGAUGCACAAGACUUUGAUGGAUGGACGCCUUUGCAUGGUGCAGCACAUUGGGGACAACUAGAAGCUUGCAAACUUCUUGUUGAGAACGGCUGUGAUAUGGAUAUGAAAAAUUACGCCGAUCAAACUGCUUUUGAUGUUGCUGAUGCAGAUAUCCUCAAAUCUCUUGAAAAUUUAAGAGAGCAACAAGCACUUAUUGUAAAAGAAAAUCCACAAACAAAUAAUAAAAAGCAAUCGUCUAUACCAAAGAAACGUGUCUCAACGAGUGCUGAUAGUGCAGUAGCAACACAAGAAAUUACAGAAAUCUUUGAAGAAGAAACGCCAAAUAAAGUUAAGAAGGUUGAAUUAGAGAUUCAAUCUGAUAAAGAAGAUUCCAGCACUAGUACAAACAGCGACGUUGAAGCAACACGUGAAACACACAUGGAAGAGAGUGAUGGUGAAGGUGAAUCUGAGACUAGCUCAGAAUCACACUCUUCCACUUUCUCCAAUCAAUCUGAUAAGUCUAACCACGCGACAUGUCUUACAGAUGACGAAAAGAAAAAUAGAGUAAACAAAGAUGAAAAUGCACCCCAUAGUCCAAUAUCUCCAGUCGAAACUAAUAAAGUUCCUAAUCAGGCUCCAAUAUUGCCUCCAAAACAACAGACUGAUAAUAAUGAGGACGGUGUUGUACCAUCUUGGAGACGUUCAGGUUCCUUUCGAAAUAGAAUGCAAAGUACUGAAACUACUAAUUCUGCAUCUACAAAACUCGAAGAUAAGGAUAACAAUAUUAAGAUACCAACAACACCAAACAAAGUUAGUGGAGAACCCGAUGUGGUAUUGAGAAGAACACAUAGUUUCGAGACAGAUGAAAAGUUUUAUGAGCAGUAUUUGGCAUUACGUGCCCGCAUCAAGGCGUUCUCGUGCCCUACCCUCCAUCGCUGCAAUGCAGCUACUCCUACUCACACCAAUGCUACAACUCGCUCUGCAUCUCUACGCGAAACACACAGAAAAAAAGACGUGAAAUUAAAUUUGGAAUUAUCAAGACUGCCACAAGGAAGCAAUACACUUUCACCAACAUCUGCAUCUAAAACAUUGGCAUCAAGUCUUUUGUCAUCCAUUACAACAACUACCACUGCCACAACAACAACAACAACAACAACAAGUCCUAUUCCAGUCAAUCAAAUUCGCAGUGCUCAACCAGUGGAAGCUGCAUCUACAGUUGUAUCGAAUACAAAUAAUGCAAUAUCAACUCCUCCUGGAACUCCCACUACACCAGGAGGGAGCAAGCUAAGUCCAGGAAAUAUCUUCAAGAAUUUCUUCAAAUCAUUUGUUCCGCCGGUACGCGAUGAAGAAAGCGAAACUCAAAGGAAGGCUCAUGCAAAGAGAGUAAGGGAAACUAGAAGGUCUACGCAAGGUGUGACGUUGGACGAGAUUAAGAGUGCGGAGCAAUUAGUGAAAAAAAAGCAACAGAACAACGAAUCGCCGACAUCAACACCGUCUACGCAGCCUACUACUACUGUCAGCAAUACAGCUUCGAUCACAGCUACGAUAACAACCGCAACCUCCACUACUGUGACUACUGCAAAUAAAGUUUCUGAAGAAUCUAAUUUGCCCGAGAGACGACCAUCUUGGAGAUUAAGGGUAGACAAUGGAAGCAAGUUUCAGUUAGAGGAUGCUAAUAAUAAACCUAUUGAUAACACAACGGCCUACAUGAGAAGACCGUCUGGUGGAACCGGUGUACCUAGACCCUCAUCAGCGCCAGUGGAAACUAUUGCCACCAGUAGCACAGAAACCACAGUAACUUUACCCCUUAGAAGAUCGUUAAAACAACCUGACGACAAAGAACAAGAUAAGGAAAAUGAUAGUAGGAAUGCACAAGCUACACAAGCUGUUAUUCAAAGGCGACGUCGGCCUAAGAGAAGAUCAACAGGCGUAGUCCAUGUGGAUAUGGAUGAAAUUGACCCAGAAAAGCAAGAUCUCACUGCUGGUGGUGAUUGCGAUGAUUCCAAGGUCAAUCACAACGAAAGUGGAAACGAUCGUUCUGGGAGAACCACUAGAUUAGGUUCGAUAUCUUCGCUAUCAUCAGAGGCCUCGUCAACACCAAUCAGAUUAAAAUCCAAUAGUUCCGAAAAUGGCGAAUUAGAUUAUAAGAAAUUAUACGAGGAAUCUCAGGUCGAAAACGAAAGGUUAAAGGAGAAACUGAAACGCUCCGAUGAGCAAUUAAAGGAAGUCAGGCAUUUACUGGAAAAAACGCAAAUCAACCAAAACAAAGUAAUUCUCUCUGAGGCGGAGAAAAGGGAAAGGCGAGCCAUGGAAAGGAAGCUUUCAGAGAUGGAAGAAGAAUUGAAGCAAUUGCAAAAGCUCAAAGCUGAAAAUGAGAGAUUGAAAGCCGAAAAUCGGGCACUUACCCGCGUCGUAUCCAAACUCACCAAUACUAAAUAGGUGAUGGACCAACUAAAAUGCGAAAAUCAGAGGCUAAAAGAUGAAAAUGGUGCCUUGAUCAGAGUAAUCAGCAAAUUGUCCAAAUAAAUCUUGUAGUCUCAACUGCACAUCGUAAUGAAAUUUUACGUUGUAUUACAACUAUAAUUGAAUGAAUUGCUUUAACUACAGCAGCAUCAUCAUUAUCGCUAGUAUUCUUACAAAUGUGCAUCAUGCUAUCGAUAAAUUUAUUUCUUAUAUCGAUGAUUUUCUUUGUAGUAAUUUAACUUAUUCCAAUUAUGAGAUACAUAUGUAUAUCAAUAAUGAGAUCAAUUAAUCGCAUGGCUGUGCCAAAAGCGAAAAGAAAUGUUACUCCUAUUCUUAGACUGUGAAUACUUGAUCGUAAAAAAGACUUAGAGAAAUUUUACUUUGUGGAAUUAAUUUUUAACGUCACAGAAGGAUGAAUUUUAUAAUCCAAUAUAUAAAAUCAAUUUAAUGCUUUAUAGUAAAAAAAAGUCAAGUUUAUUUUAUUUGACUAUUAGGAAGAAGAAAAAAGAACUGUUGAUCUUUAUGGACAGUUUUCUUUUUUAACAAAUCACGUUAUCGAUGUUGAUUCUUUAUAAGGACAUUUUGUAAAUACGGAUAAAUAGACAAUGGUGAUGUGGCACACACAUUUUAGCAAUUUGAAAGAAUUUUUACCCGUGGAGUAUGUUUUCGAAAUUCUGACUGCAUCUAAGCUAAUCUAUAAUAUAUCAAGUAAAUGAGUCUGUUUGCAUUGAAGCAAUAAGCGAUAUAUCUGUUACUUUUGACUAAAUUACGCAGGUGGUAAAGAAGGAGUCAAAAAACAUGACCUUGCUACUCAAGUGGCCUUUCUCUGAAGACUGCAAUUUGUAAAUCCUUCCAUCAUUGCCAUGUUUGCAGUAUAGGCGGAAAUUUGAUGCAUAUAUACGGGAGUAAAUGUUUUUAAUUACUCUGUAAUAUAUAAUACAUUUUUCUUAUAUAAUGUCACAGAUAUGUAAAAUAUACUUUAGACACAUCAGGAUUUUUCAUCUCCUUAAAGUGCUAAAAUUAUUGUAUGUAUUAGAGCUGUGGUAACUUCAGUUCGAACUGUUGACGUAGAAUCUGUGUUAUUAUUUUUAAUUACCUGUCCGAUAUAAAAUGCUGUUACCUAUUAUUUUCUUAUAGCAACAUCAAUAAAUGAUUGUCCAAUACAUGCUCUGGAUAAAGACGAAUUUAUAAAUAUUGGAUAAUGUGGAAUGUGUAAUUGACAGUUGGCAUGUUUUUUAAUGAUAUUAUUGUAAACAAUUGUAAAAAAGGAUGACUCAAUGUAGUUAUUUCGUAAUGAAGUUUAUUAGAAAAUAA